CGCAGAGUUGUGAGGUUGGUGCGCUGUGUACUGUGUCGCUUUUCAUGACGCAAGUAUAGUAUUAUUUGAAUUUGGCCUUGAUAUUUAAGCAUGUGAUCCCGAAUGGAUUAUAUGACCACUAUGUUGUGGCGACAGUGAUUUUAAUUUUCUGGUCUAUUCAAAGUGUUGCAUCUGCCACAUAUGAACACGGAGGAUGGCAUGAGGUCAAGUGAAUGAGACAGAGCCAGUCUGUGCAGCUGGACUUGCAUGCAACUUGCUGAGGUCGCCGAACAGCACACCUACGGCGGGCUACGGCAUCAUCUUUCAGGGCCUUCCUUCUAGCCUCCUGCCGCUGCCAGGCUCAGGCUUCACAUCCUGCGCGUCUGGAUGGCUCGGCCUGCGUCGCUGCUGGGGCGUGAAGCUCGCUUCAAAAGGAUCAAAUCAUGACGACGGCGUCUCCGAAGGCGGGCUGGACCAGCGUCCACUCCAUGAAAAGCAGGUUUGAGCCGCUAGCCGCCGUCAGAUCUCCGUCACGAGGCGAUGCGGUUGAGCGCUUGCGAGGCGCGGCCGCCCCCAGCGAGCGGCUCAAGGGGCGGUCGCCCCCCCGGCACGCGGUGACACAAACGCCCCCCACAUACGAUUCCCUGCCUGCUGAAGAGGCGCUUGUCACACCCCGUGAUGCUCAAGUUUGUGAUGAUGAUCGUUUUCGUCAUAAAAAGCUUUCUGAUGAAUUUAUUUACAAUGGAUACAAGACGACACCUCGGAGGCUGCGAUCAAACGACGGUCCAGUUAGAAAAACUGAUGUGGGUGCAUGCUUGGAUCUGCAGCACCGGAAGACUUCUUCAGAUUUUAAUUCUUCUAAGAUUUUUCCCUCAGGGCAUCCCGAAUUACUUAGCUGGAAGUCUUUGCAGAACGUUACACUUCAACCCGGCAGACAUUCAGAGUCCCCUCAAAACGUAGACGGAAAACCCUCGCACUUCCCAGGGAUUAAUAAAAUACGGGAAGUAAAUACCAAAGUUAAUUUUACUUCAAGAAUCAGAAAUUCGCUUUCAUCUCCUGGCCUUCAUUCUCGGAAGCAUAAGUUUGAAAUUCCUCCCCAGUCUCCAAAACCUGACUCAAAGCCGGGAUCUCCAAAUGAUUCGCCUGUGAUGAACUUCCGUGAGAGGAAGCUUGCUUUCGAAAAAGCCGUCGGUGCUCUUGACGAAACUUUCAAAUCUUUGUCGAGAAAUACCUUGGGGAAUAAACCCAACAUCCGGAGACUGCGCUCGAAUGACUCUUCGUACGACGUUUAUACGGACUCCUUCAACGACGCCCUCGAGAGUGCGAGUCCCGGAGCGGCGUGGGACAAUUCCAGCUUCGAAACUGACGACUCCACGCAGGAAACGCCGCCCGCUACUAGAUGCAGUCAGAGAAAUUCAGUCGCUCCUCUCGCGACUAAUGUGUCAUCGGCCGUUUAUUCUUCGAAUUCUUUUGGAUUUUCCCCAGCUGAAAAAUUGGCUGGAAAGACGGAAGCUCGUGACGAAGUGCAAAACUAUGACUGCAACGAAAAGAAGAGAGACGUUCCAUCAGCUCGAUCAAACCGCUGUAGUUCUGCACGUCAUUGUAGUAAUGAAUCUCAUUUUGAGUUAUGGGACAAAAAACAGCGUGACACACGAAAUGAAGCAGAUGAAGAUGAAGUGCCUGUGUUUUGCGUUCAAGACUUCAAUCGAGGCAAGGAGAAAAUUGUACGAGUCACGCCUUGCCGGUCUCGAUCUGAAGGAGCCGAACUAAAGCCUGAGACGUGCAGCGGCUUAAAAUUGGGAACUGACAGUAAAUCUGUGAGGAAAUUGGCUAGAUCUUCCUGCGAUGUUAAUGGAGGACGGUGCAAUUCACAUUUGUCGGAUGGGUUCAGAGAAAAGCAACGUAUGUUGGAAGAAGUGAUGAACGCAGAAAAUAAAUUGAAUGAAUUGAGGUAUCAGCGAGAAAGAUCUUCUUCUCCUACGAAACGUUCGAAGGUUUUCAGAAAAAUUAGCUUCACCUACAAACCAGACAAAGACAAACUUCAAAACAGAACUCCAUAUGCCAUUGCUGUGUACCCGAACCUAUCCAACAAGGAGAUUCUUCCAAAGGAUAACUCUAAAGAGACGUCGGUUAAUAGAAUUUCUCUUUCUAAGUUAAUUUCAAAACGCAACGCCUUAGUUCCCACUUUACGAUUUCCUUUAUCUUCUCCCGAGAAAACUAGACGGAAAAACAGCAUUAAUUCUGACAAGAAAGCAAAUUCUGUUCAAUCUCUUCUGACUAGAAGCUCGAGGGAAAACCACCAUGCCCAGAUAACCCAGAGCAAAACGACGAGUAAGUCAACCGAUCAUAUCGAAGAAAUCCCAGAAGUUAAUUGUACCGACGGCAACCAGUUUUUAGGACAAGAUAUAGCUAAUAGUUUACCAGAUGUAAACCAGAAAACAAAGCGUGACUUUGUUGGCCGACAAGUGGACGAUGAAAUCAAUCCUGCUAUCUACUAUUCAUCGUUGCCGCUGCUUGAACAGCAACACAAUUCAAUGGUCGAGCCUGUUGACCCUAUAGCCCCGCCAGUCAACUCUAUAGCAUCGCCUGUCAAGCCAUCAGAACUUUAUGUUUUCAAAAAUCUGCGGACAAGCGCUGAUUUCUCUCGAGAUAAUUCUGACGACACUGCAGUUCUUGUGAAACGUCCUCCUUCGGCGGUCGGUGCUCCCAUCAGACCCCCUAGGCGUAGAAACCCAGGAGCACCUCGCAAGAAAAGCCAAGCACCUCAGCCUCCUACGCUGGCAUCAUUAGACAAUAACGCGGCAAAGAGCAGUCAAGAUUCCUCUCACAGUGCAAAAGCAUCUGACGCACCUAAAUAUACCUCAACAUCGCCUCCUGAAGGCGAAGGACCAACGCUUGAUGUUCUACCCGAUGCUUACCAAAUUGUUGCUCCGACGAAACCUGAUUUGAAUGGUGAUGCUGAUGAGCCACCUCAGCACUCAGACGUUGCUUGUGUUCCUCUGAUAGAAUCAAAUAUUCGUAAUGGCGAGGUGAUCAAAGGGGCUGAUAUCUCCUCUGACGUGCCCUCGGUUGAUCAGGCUACCUCGAAUAAGAUGCUUCUUCAGGAUCAUGCAGCCAUGCCCAGCAAGACGAACGGCGCGUGCCACCAAUCUGUUCGUCUAGCUGAGCACACCGACCAGGAGCCGAAGGGCGUUCAGGGAACGUGUCAGUUACAAAACGUUAAACUUCUUCAUUUGCUUACCUGUGACAAUCUAACAAAUUCUGAGACGAAAGACUCUAUUUCAGCUGAACCUUUUUUGACCACUUCCGUUGAUAAUAACGAUGGCGAGGAAUUUUCUCUAAAUGAGACUUCAAGUUACUCACAAACUGUUGCUGAAAGUAAUGCUAAUUCAAAAGAUAGGAAAGCAGCCUCAUAUUUACCCCCUGGUCCUCCUCCUCAAAAGCCUCCUAGAACAUUCGCCUACGAGGAGGAGAGAAUGCGCAGUUCGCGGCCCGUCCUCCCCCACGGGUCGCCUCCACCAGGACCAGAAGCUUUCAAGGAGCACUUCAUCGAGGUGGCAAGUAGCGCCGUCCCAGCAGCACCCAUUUACUCGGUGGUCAAGAAGAGAAGUCCUCCACUUCUCACCCCGAACACUUCAGACUUAAACGUUAAGCCAGAAAUCGCUCCUAAGCCAGCGCAUAUCUCGGCUCUCGUUCGAAAGAAGCGGUUCUCUUUGGCUGAGUCCACUCCGUGUGAGGUCGGCCAAGCGCCGCACCCGCACGCUGGCUUCAGUUCUUUCUCUCAGCUGCGGUACAGCUUACGCAAACACCCCCCUCACCUCCCUCCCCCGUCCCCGCCCUGUGGACCGCCUCCCUCCACCCCCACAACUGCGUCAGCUCUGAGGCUGGAACAAGAGGCGUGCGUGAGGCCGGGCGCCUUCGACAGACAGAAGAGUUUGAGUGAUGAGACUCUCUGCUCAUCUUCGGGCUACCAUCGCACGGCUGAGCAUGUCUACGCGACGCCUAACUUGCGUCCACGCGACCUGCAGCGCAGCGAUGGCGAGGGCCUGCACUACAUGUGCAGCGACUUGAUGCUUGAUGCAAAAGACGUCGGCGACAGAAGAGCGUCUGUGUCGCCGGCGCGUCUCAUCUCGGCCUGGAAGCUGGAGUUCCGGCAAAGUUGUCGACUCGUGCACAACAAACUCAAGAAGACCGUCCAGAGAUAGAAACUCGGGCCGAUCUGAUCAACGCUAGGGACUUCACACAUUUCUAUUGUGUUGUUCGUGUUAGUGGUCUCAUUUAGAACUGCGGACAUGGUACACCAAUGGUCUAUAUAAGGUUGACUCACGAGGAUUUUCGUCUUUCAGUUCAGCUUACUUGUUACGUCACGUAGAACAGGAAACGUGAACAAAUCGUCAUUCCCAUGACGGAUUGGUUGACUGACUUGAUCGCAUUACGGUGAUUG